CGCCGUUGUUGUGGCGCGGCGGGGAAGCACGUGAGGAGUGCUACGUCACCAUAAACACUCGUGGGCAACAUGGCGGCGGCGCCGCCGAGCGGCAAGGUUGUAUAUGAGCAAGAAGGAGUUUUCAUUCACUCCUCCUGUGGAAAAAAUGAUGACCAGGACAGCUUAAUAGCAGGAAUACUGCGUGUCAUAGAAAAGGAAAAUGAAGUGGUAGUAGACUGGAGGCCACUGGAUGAGACUUUGGAUACUUCUAAUAUCCUCUGUGCUGGAAAGGAUUCCAGUUCUGUUGUGGAGUGGACUCAAACUCCAAAAGAAAAAUGUUCCCGAGGAGCAGACCGUCCAAGUAGUUAUGAAGCAGAAUGGGACAUGGUCACCACAGUCUCUUUUAAGAAGAAACCUCAUUCAAAUGGAGAUGCUACAACUCAUGCAAACAGAGAAAGCAAGUGGUCGUUCCUGUUCAGUUUGACAGAUCUGAAAUCAAUCAAACAAAACAAAAAAGGCAUGGGAUGGUCUUAUUUGGUGUUCUGUCUGAAGGAUGAUGUGAAGCUUCCAGCUCUUCACUUUCAUCAUGGAGAUAGCAAACCAUUGAUUAAAUGUCUUGAAAAGCACAUUGCACUGAAUGAAUCUCCACAUGAUGAACGGGUUCUUCUUGUGAAGACUCAGAAGUCACUGUCUCAGUCUUUUGAAAAUCUCUUUGAUGAACCAUCUUACGGCUUAUUACAAGCUUUUGAAGGGAUAAUGGAAAUACAGCAGCAAAGAGGACAGUAUUGGCUAAAAAAAUGGAAGAGAGAUCCAUAUGUAGUAACAAUGGGAAAAUUUUCCAAAGUCACAAACUAUAUUGUUGGAAGUUUACGUUCAAGUGAUCAAUCAAAUCAGAGGCGACCACCAUCAGAAAUGGCAGACUUUCUCAAUGAUACCAUUCCAGGGCUAAAGAUAAAUCAGCAGGAAGAGCCAGGAUUUGAAGUAAUUACACGAAUCAACUUAGGGAAACAACCUGAAGUUAGUAGAAGAGAGCCUGUGUCAACUGAAGAAUGGGCUAAGAAUAUGGACUCUGAAGGAAGAAUUUUAGAUGUUGACUACAUAAAACGAUUGAUAUUCAAAGGGGGUCUCUGCCAUACUUUAAGAAAAGAGGCAUGGAAAUUUCUUUUGGGAUAUUUUCCUUGGAAUAGCACUAAAGAAGAGAGAGCAAAUCUGCAAAAAAGGAAAACGGAUGAAUAUUUCAGGAUGAAACUACAGUGGAAGUCUGUCAGUGAGGAGCAGGAAAAGCGAAAUUCAAGAUUAAGAGAUUACCGGAGCCUUAUAGAAAAAGAUGUUAACAGGACAGAUCGAACAAAUAAAUUCUAUGAAGGUGAAGAUAAUCCAGGACUGAUUUUACUUCAUGAUAUUUUGAUGACCUAUUGCAUGUAUGACUUUGACUUAGGUUAUGUGCAGGGGAUGAGCGACUUGCUGUCACCUGUCUUGUAUGUUAUGGAGAAUGAAGUAGAUGCCUUUUGGUGCUUUGUAUCAUACAUGGAUCAAAUGCAUCAGAAUUUUGAAGAACAGAUGCAGGGUAUGAAGACACAACUUAUUCAGCUGAGUCAUUUGCUUCGUUUACUAGACAGUGGAUUUUGCAGUUAUUUAGAAUCUCAAGACUCAGGCUACCUUUAUUUUUGCUUCCGGUGGCUUCUUAUCAGAUUUAAAAGGGAAUUUAGUUUUCAAGAUAUUCUUCGACUCUGGGAGGUCAUGUGGACGGAAUUGCCUUGUCAGAAUUUUCAUCUUCUCCUUUGUUGUGCUAUCCUAGAAUCUGAAAAACAGCAAAUAAUGGACAAGCACUAUGGGUUUAAUGAGAUACUAAAGCAUAUCAAUGAACUGUCUAUGAAAAUCGAUGUGGAAUAUAUACUCUGCAAAGCAGAAGCAAUUUCUAUGCAGAUGAUGAAUUGCAAGGAAUUGCCUCAAACAGUCAGUGAGAUCCUGGGGAUAGAGAACAGUUCAGUAACGCCGGAUUCAGACACAGGAGAGGAUGAAAGUGGAGCUGAAUUGAGUUGUCCGACGUCACUGUACCAGAGUAUCUCAACCCCUGUAACUGCUGCCAAUGGGACGGGGGACGGCGCUCCACAGGCGGCUGAGACGCAGAGCCUGACACCUGCCUAAUUACACUUGGUCCCAUUGGAGAAAGACUUUCACUGAGCACAUUCUGUUCAAGCACUUGAGAGAUGGAUAUUUAAAUUUGGUGUUGAUUAAGCUUUAAGGUUGUAAAGAAAAUCUGUACUGUAAUGCUUUUGCAUUAAAGCUUUACAACAUGACUCAACUAUUUUUGUAGUUUCUUCUACCAAAAUAGCCUUUUGUUUUCAAUAACAUUCCUUAAUAUUUUUGUAGCCAAGUGCAUUUUCUUUUUGCUGGUAAACUGGAAAUUGAUGGUGAUUAAGAAUGAAAGAAAUUUCUGCAUUUGCUGAGCUUUCACACAUAUUGAUCUAAGACAGUGUGAGCUCCUUGAUUUAAGCAGAUUCACAAUAUGCCAGCUGAAGCUGCUGUACAAAAUUUUCAAGCUGAAGUGAUGCUGAUGUGCUAAAGGAGGAUUCUUUUGUAAAUGGAUUUUCCCUAUUUCAAAUGUUUACAAAAAUACUUCUAAGUAUUUGUUGCUGGUUGAAUGUAGAUUUGAAAUGGACAUUCAUACUUGCACAGUUUAAUGUCCAAAUACUGAAUUUUGUGUAAUUGGGAGUGGGUGAACAGUAUAUUUUUACAUUAACAUAUCUUCACUUUAUAUAUACAUAUAUAUAUUUACACACAUACACACACUAUAUGCACAAAUGUUUGUGAAUACUAAAAAGGAUAGUUGUAUUUUCAGUAUCUAAAUAAACUUGACUGUUCAUUCAUAUGAAUCAGUUUGACCAAAUUAAUGCACAGCUCCAACCUAGGCUCUUUUUCAAAACUUUUCUAACUGAAGAUAACUUUCAUGUCAAUACAUUCAGUCCUACACUUGAUGUAAUUUUGCAAUUUAUACCUUGCAAACUUUACUAAUGUUCAUAUUUGUUAAUAUAUUAACGGAUCAAUUAACCACUUACACUUUUUAUGGCAACAUUAUCUGGAGAAUUGGUAAGCAGGUUAUAAAAAAGCCAACCAACAAACCACACACCAAAAUAGAAAUCACGAUUGACAUUAAUGCAUUUUUGUAUCUGCAAAAGGCAGUGAGUUUAUUUCAUGCCAUGCUGAUGUCCUUUGACAUUAUGUGAAAUUUAACAUAACUGAUUAAGUGUAUUCAUUAUUUGGUAACUAUUGUACAUAUAUAAAAUAAAAGUCAAAGCUGA